GUAGCUUCUGUAAAGGAGGUGGUUCGCUGUUGCGUGAGCACGUUAGUCUGUGAGUUUGCGCGUUAGCUGAGUGCUGCUGCGUGGAUGAUGGCUGCGUCGAAGCCCGUAGAGCCUCAGUCCGGGAGUGGGCUCCCCCGUUGGCAGCUAGCACUCCUGGUAGGGACUCCGAUCGUCCUCGGUGUCGGAGCUGUUUACCUGUGGAACCGAAGUCGCGGCAAGGAAAAGCAAGGGAAAAGGAAUGGGGAGAGGAAAACUCCCGAAGGAAGCGCUAGCCCUGUCCAGGGCCAGCACGGUGCGACCAAUCCAGAGCUGGAGAACAUGAGUCCCCUUGACAGAGCACAGUCUGCUAAGAAUAAGGGCAACAAAUACUUUAAGGCUGGCAAAUAUGACCAGGCGAUCCAGUGCUACACAGAGGCCAUCAGCCUAUGUCCCAAAGAACAGAAAGGAGAUCUGUCCACCUUCUUCCAGAAUAGAGCUGCAGCCUACGAGCAACAGAUGAAAUGGACAGAAGUGAUACAGGAUUGCUCUCAGGCAGUCGAGCUGAAUCCUUGCUAUGUAAAAGCCCUUUUUAGGCGUGCCAAAGCACUGGAAAAACUGGGUAACAAGAAGGAGUGCUUAGAAGAUGUGACAGCAGUAUGUAUUCUGGAGGUUUUCCAGAACCAGCAGAGCAUGCUACUGGCAGACAAGGUUCUGAAACAGCUGGGAAAAGAGAAGGCCAAAGAAAAAUACAAGAACCGGGAGCCCCUUAUGCCAUCUCCUCAGUUCAUCAAGUCCUACUUCAGCUCCUUUACUGAUGAUAUAAUUUCACAGCCUCUACAGAAGGGGGAAAAGAAAGAUGAGGAUAAAGACAAAGAGGGUGAAGCCUCAGAGGUUAAAGGAAGCUCAGGCUACCUAAAGGCUAAGCAGUAUAUGGAGGAGGAAAACUACGAUAAGAUCAUCAGUGAGUGCACAAAGGAGAUUGAGUCUGGAGGCAGAUACACAGCCGAAGCUCUUCUGCUGAGAGCCACCUUUUACCUUCUGAUUGGCAACGCUACAGCUGCACAGCCUGAUCUUGACCGUGUCAUCAACAUGGAUGAUGCCAGUGUCAAGUUACGUGCUAAUGCACUCAUUAAACGUGGAAGCAUGUACAUGCAGCAGCAGCAGCCCCAGCUCUCCACGCAAGAUUUCAACAUGGCUGCAGAGAUUGACCCCCGUAAUGCUGAUGUUUACCACCACAGGGGACAGUUGAAGAUUCUGCUGGAUCAGGUAGAGGAGGCUGUGGGAGAUUUUGAUGAGUGUAUAAAGCUUCGACCAGACUCUGCACUUGCCCAGGCCCAGAAGUGUUUUGCACUGUACCGACAGGCCUACACUGGAAACAACCCCUCCCAGGUUCAGAAAGCUAUGGAUGGUUUUGAGGACGUCAUUAGGAGGUUUCCAAAGUGUGCUGAGGGCUAUGCUCUGUAUGCACAGGCACUAACAGACCAGCAACAGUUUGGUAAGGCGGAUGAAAUGUACGACAAAUGUAUUGAACUAGAACCUGACAACGCUACAACAUAUGUCCACAAAGGUCUGUUGCAGCUUCAGUGGAAACAGGAUCUGGAAAUGGGCCUUGAACUUAUUAGCAAAGCCAUUGAAAUUGACAAUAAAUGUGACUUUGCUUACGAAACUAUGGGAACCAUUGAAGUCCAAAGAGGCAAUCUAGACAAGGCUAUAGACAUGUUCAACAAGGCCAUUAACCUGGCCAAGUCAGAGAUGGAGAUGGCCCAUCUCUACUCUCUCUGUGAUGCUGCGUAUGCCCAAACGGAGGUGGCCAAGAAGUACGGGCUCAAGCCUCCCACGCUAUAACUGUUGCCUCCAUUCGCCACUCUCUACUGCCGGGCUACAGUACACAUCCCGUAACCCCAAUAUUUUUUUUUUUUUUUUUU